GUGAAAGCAACAGCUGACCCGCGGCGCACAGUAGCUCUCUCGCCUCCUAGAGCGGCACUUCGUCACUUUCGCACUCGUGCGAAAAACCCCCCCGAACGUACGAGCGGUGGAGGAGUCGCGUCGCCAUCUUUAGGCACGGUUGUACCCAACAGCCGCCCGUCGCCGUCGACGUCAUCGCCGUCGCCGACGACAAUCGCACCACGUUACUCCGGAGCGCCGUGUGUGUGUGCGCGCCUCCGUGGAUACGCGACACGACGCGACGCCGGGAACGCGAAACGGUCUCGUCUCGCCGCCGAGAGAGCAAACUCCGAUAUCGACUGUGCCGCCCCGUCAUCGCGCUCGAUUUACAUUAUUACGUGCCGGGGCGCGAGGCGAGGAAGACGAGGUGCGCGCCGCGAGUAGCUUCCUCGCACGACGAGACAUCUUCCUUUCGCGUCAACUCUGUCCUCUCCGUCGCGCAACACUCGUUUCGCGAACGUCACGUCGAGGAGGAGUACACAAGUGAGUACCACGGGGACGAGAACUGACGUGAGUGAGGAGUACGAACGGAAGAUACGGUUCGGUCGGUCAGGACGUCGUCGUCGGAGUGUGCCGUGCAGUCGCUGCCGUCGCGUCACGUAAGAAGUCGGUGAGUGCGAGAUUUCGCUUUUUUCGUUCCUCCUUCGCGUGCCGUUGUCUCGCGUGCGAGUGAGCUCCGAACCGGGCUCUUGACGCGCGCGCGACGAUCAGCGAAACUUGGUGCUGUGGCUGUGUGACUUUGCUCGUGUCGGGCACGGGACACGGGGGCAGGUGGGCGAGAUACUUAAUUGCGGUGCAGCAGGCCGAAUAGACGGACGAAUUGACCGUGCGUGUGUGUUUUGCGCGAGAGAAAGGGAGAGAGAAAGGGAGAGAGAGGAGAAACGGCACCCCGCCGCCGUCGCCGCCGCCGAACAACGACGACGGACUGGUACAAUUGACAGAGAAGAUGGCGCGAGCCGCGGACGAGGAUCGCUGCUGACCCAUUUUUUUCCGACGCGCCAAAUCUCCGGGAGUCGGGAGCCUCUCGCCCAAAGGACGACGACGACGACGACGGAGGAGGAGGAGUCUCUCUCCCUCGCCUACCUCCCCCCCUCUCUCUGGCUCUCACUCGCUCUCGCUUGAUGUGGGCGAGCGCCGUUCGCGGAGUGUGGUGACGUUCGCCGGGAGGAAUAUACUCGGCGACAGUAGGGAAGGAAGCCGUAGGAGAGAGCGAGAGAGAGAGAGAGAGGGACAGCGCGAGAGAGGAAAGAGCGAGCGGACUACUCCGGAGUUGCGCCGGGAGGGUGCCGCUCUCGCGUCGCGCUCGCGCUCGCGCGCGCGCUUCUACCCCCUGCGUGUGUGUGUUGUGUGUGGCCUGUUUUUCUACCGUGUGAUAAUACUCGCGCGAGUGUACGUGUUGAAACCCGCCUCUGUCUCUCUCUUCCCCCGUGCACGAUCUCGGUUCUACCUUUUUGACGGUGCCCCGUGUGCCGCGCGCGAGAUCGUCGUCGCGUUCCCCGCGCGCUCUUCUCCCCCGAGGACCCAAGUCUCGACCCGGGUUUCUUUGGGAGCAACGUGGACAAUAACCGGGGGGAUAAGGGAGAACCACAUCUUCGUUGUCGUCAUCAUUGUCAGUAGUGCGGAGCGUUUCGCGUGACUUCCGCGGGACGCUACGAAGAAGAGACGUCUGGGCCAUAACGGCAGCGCGUGUUAGAAGGUGGCAAAAAUUCUGAGAAGACCGGAGCUCGGCGGAGCCCUGGCAGGCUCAUCGGCGGCUGCGGACGCGGACGUACGCCGACGAAGACGUAGCAGUCCUCUGGAUUACCUCAAGUCCCGUGGAGCUGCCCUGGCAGACUCGGGCACCAGCGCGGCAGCUAAAAUGGGCAACAAUGCCGCGACCGCCAACAAGAAGGUCGACGCCGCCGAGAGCGUCAAGGAGUUCCUCGACAAGGCGAAGAAGGAGUUCGAGGACAAGUGGAAGAAGAAUCCGACCAACACCGCCGGACUGGACGACUUCGAGCGCAUCAAGACCCUGGGCACCGGCUCGUUCGGUCGCGUGAUGAUCGUCCAGCACAAGCCCACCAAGGAGUACUACGCCAUGAAGAUACUCGAUAAGCAAAAGGUCGUCAAGCUUAAACAGGUCGAGCACACGCUCAAUGAGAAGAGGAUACUACAGGCGAUCAGUUUUCCGUUUCUCGUAUCGUUGCGUUUUCAUUUCAAAGACAACUCUUACCUGUACAUGGUGCUGGAGUACGUGCCCGGCGGUGAGAUGUUCAGCCACCUGCGCAAGGUCGGCCGCUUCUCGGAGCCGCACUCGCGUUUCUAUGCGGCUCAAAUUGUGCUCGCGUUCGAGUACCUGCACUACCUCGACCUGAUCUAUCGGGACCUGAAACCGGAGAACCUGCUUAUCGACUCGCAGGGUUAUCUCAAGGUCACCGACUUUGGCUUCGCCAAGAGAGUGCAGGGACGGACGUGGACUCUGUGCGGCACGCCGGAGUACCUGGCGCCCGAGAUCAUCCUCAGCAAGGGCUACAACAAGGCGGUGGACUGGUGGGCAUUGGGCGUGCUGGUCUACGAGAUGGCCGCUGGCUAUCCACCAUUCUUCGCCGACCAGCCGAUCCAGAUCUACGAGAAGAUUGUCAGCGGCAAACCGCGCUUCCCGUCGCACUUCGGCUCCGACCUGAAGGAUCUACUGCGCAAUCUGCUGCAGGUCGACCUCACCAAGAGGUACGGCAACCUCAAGGCGGGCGUAAACGACAUCAAGGGCCACAAGUGGUUCGCCAGCACCGACUGGAUAGCCGUCUUCCAGAAGCGAAUAGAGGCGCCGUUUAUACCGCGCUGCAAGGGACCAGGCGACACCAGCAAUUUCGACGAUUACGAGGAGGAGACCUUGAGGAUUUCGCUGACGGAGAAGUGCGCCAAGGAGUUCGCCGAGUUUUGAACGGCUGCGUCGGUUCGGCAAGUUGCUCGCAACAGCAGGUGGAUACGCACGUCGUGCACGCGACGUUGUGCUCGCGCCUCAUCGUCGGCCCGGCGCGGCACGGCGCUCCUUCGUCAUCGCCGUCGUCACGUUGGUGAUUCGCUUUUUUUGCGAAAAAAAGAGAGAGAGAAAGAGCGAGCGAGCGAGAGAGAAAGAGAGAGAGAGAGAGUAAAAGAGCGGGAGAGAAAGAGUGAAAGAGAGAUGAAUGAAUCUGUGUGUCAGCGCGCGCGCUUAAUGAAAGCUGUCGACUAGGCGAAACGGAGUGAAGUUUUUUUUUUUUUUGGGCGAAGCUUCUCGUAAGCGAGACUGGAAGAAAGGAUGUGUUAUUUUAGAGGGGGAGAGAGGGGAAUAGAGAGGGAGAAAAGUAUACGAAAGACCACGUGGCAGUUCGCGUUGUUUUGUUGUGUCUCGCGACCAAACUCGCUAUAGACAUGGGAGAAAAGGAAAGAGAGGAAAACGCGAAACGGUUGAUAUGGGACGUUUAUACGCUGGCGUUGAAGCGUCCAAAAAUUAUAUACACACAUAAUUUUUGAUUGUUACGUAUGUAGACGUCACGCGCCAGCAUCACUUUUUACAUGAAGAAAUCUCUUUUUUUAGCCGGUUAAUCGAUUCAUUAACGUAAUAAGAACGACUGUAAACUCUAUAUAUAUAUACCUA